CCCACCUGUCAGCGACGCCCGGCGGAGGCCCUACCGUCUCCCGCACCCCCCGCUCUCUCCUCUCAUCCGCGCCGCUACUUAGCAGUACCAGCGCCGCUAACACAACACGCGCUCGUGUACAGCCGCUACUCUAAUCAGUCUACCUGACCACUGCAGCUCAGCUCGCUCGUGAGGGAUUCGUUAGCGGUGGACGGGUGGGAGAGUAGAGCCGUAGACAGACAGGGACGCCAGCCAGCCGUGGUGUUGGUGUGUGGCAUUGUUUGAGCUGUGCGGGUGAGGGGAGAGGAGGGAUGGACGAGGAGCUGGCGAUGGCGAUGGCGGCGGCGGCGAGCUCCGAGUGCAGCAGCGGCUGCCAGUCUGGCUGGACCACCUACCUCGACGACCACUCCUCCUCCUACUCCUACGGCACCGCGCGGUUCCACGGCAAGGCGGGGCAGCCGUACUACUGCGACUACUCGGAGGAGGACGACCUGUCCAUGAUCUCUGACGCCUCCUCCGGCCCGCGCCAGCAGAGCUCCGCCGGCAACGACGUCGAAGGCGGCGGCGGCGCCGCAGCACGCGCCAAUGCGGAGAGGAGAGGGAGGCGGGAGGAGGCCGCCGCGGUGGCGAGGCGGCAGAGCAAGAGGGCCGCCGCCGCGUCCCUGCUCGAGGACACGGCCAGCUCGCCGGCCUUCUUCGGCUACUCCAAGGCGAUGGGCUCGGCAGAGGCCAAUGGCUAUGGCGGCGCCGACGCCCCGAUGAUAGAGAUCGCCAAUGCUGCAGACUUCUCCUACGCCUUCUCCACCACGACGGGCUUCAAGUCUCCCUUAAAUGGAACUGCUCUGGGCGGCUACAUGCAAAUGCAGUACUCCCCGGCUCCUGUCAAUCCGAUGCCCACGAGACAGGUGAGCAGAGGUGCGCCGGAGAAGAAGAGGUGGUGACCGCCGAGUGCUGGUUGAUCGAGGAGCUUUCGCCGGUGCCGGCUGGAGUGAAGGAAAGGAUGUUCAUGGCUUUGCUCCGCCCUGCUGUGUUCCUGGGAGCACGGGGAGAUGGGCAGGCAGGCCGGCAGGCUCGAGUGCGUUUGCAAAUCUUCUUCAGAUCUCCAAGAGAUCCUCCCAUUCCAUCCAGUAAUCCCCAUCUGUUUUGCCACCUCGCUCUGUGCCCCCUGGUGGUGUGUUUUCACUGUGAACUGUGUGCCCCCCCUGUUCCUCCUCCCACAUCUGCAGAGUUUAGUCUCUCCCCCACUUUUUAGCUGUCAUUGCAGUGGGAAACAACAACCUGAGGCAAAACAAAACAAAACAAAGCAAGCGCGCCGACGUGAAAUCCCUUUUGCACCA